GGAUGACAAGGGUGCUGUUAACACAGAUAAAUCACUGCGCGCUGCAGUCAUGGCCAAUCGAGGACCGAGCUACGGCCUGAGCCGCGAGGUGCAGGAGAAGAUCGAGCAGAAGUACGACCCUGAGCUGGAGGCCAGGCUGGUGGACUGGAUCAUAGCGCAGUGCGGCGGGAACGUGGAGCGGCCCCAGCCCGGAAAAUCCAGCUUCCAGAUCUGGUUAAUGGACGGGACAGUGCUGUGCAGGCUGAUAAACAGCCUCUACCCACGAGGCAAGGAGCCCAUCAAGAAGAUCCCGGAGACGCAGAUGGCCUUCAAGCAGAUGGAGAAGAUCUCCCAGUUCCUGAAAGCUGCGGAGGCCUAUGGUGUGAUCACCACAGACAUCUUCCAGACCGUGGACCUCUGGGAAGGCAAAGACAUGGCUGCAGUACAGAGGACACUCAUGGCUCUGGGCAGUGUGGCAGUAACUAAGGAUGAUGGGUAUUAUCGCGGAGAUCACACCUGGUUUCACAGGAAGGCCCAGGGGAACCGCAGGGAGUUCUCCGAGGAGCAGCUGCGCCAGGGCCAGAGCCUGAUUGGCUUGCAGAUGGGCAGCAACCGCGGGGCGUCGCAGUCGGGCAUGACGGGAUACGGGAUGCCGCGCCAAAUCAUGUGACCUGCCAGGCGUCGGUGUGGGGAGCUCGGAGCUCGGAGAGGCGGGGCGCGGGUCUGUGGCGGCAGAAAUAAAAGCCGUGGAGCAGACCAUCGGACAUGACUGCUGACGUGACUUUAAACCGACAAGCUUCGGGAGUGCAUUUUACCCGGACCUGAGAAAGUAUUCAAUAUUGUGCUGUGAACAAAAGGAAGUGUGCUAUACAAAACAAUGUGCCACAAGAUGAGUGUAGAACUCCUUAUUUUAAUUUAUUUUCAGUGUUCUCUGUGUAGCUUCACGGAUCUUCAACAAUAAACAACCUUUCUGUGCUUUCAGAAUAUUGCCCUGGCAGAGGAAUAGGGUCUCAAAUAAAUGUUGGAUUCAUUCUA